GCAAUUUCGGAAUCUGCCCUUGUAUAUGGCGGACGAAAAUUUUCACAGGAGGAACCGCAACGCAACCCCGCAUUCACGGCAUAAACCGGAGAGCUGGCACGGGCAGAGUAAACCUCAGCAAAAUUUGUGAAUCAUUACGCUUAUUACUCUUUCUUAAAAAAAAAAAAAUGUAACGUAGCGUGUUGCCGAGAGAGGAGGGGGGGGGAAACCCGCUGUGGUGGAAAUUUUUUUUUCAACAUUUGGAAAUUCUCAUAACUAAUUCACGAUUUUUUUUUUUUGAGGAAGCAGUUGUGCAGUCACCUCUGGUCGGGGAGGGAAGAUUUCUUGGAGCGAGAGGCUGUUUCGCAUGAACUGCAUCGUUUUUUGGAGCUACAGCAGCCCGGGCUCAGAGGAGGUGGAGUCAUGAGUGCACCAGAGGCCCCCAAUCCUGGGAAUGAGCAGGCUGAUACUGGUAGUGCUGCCCCAGAUGAACCCUCACCAACAGUAGCCCCAAAGCCCCAAAGCCCCAGUCCACCGCCUUGUCCACCGCCUGGUCCACCCCCUGGUCUACCUCCUGGUCCACCCCCUGGUGUACCUCCUGGUCCACCACCUGGUCCACCGCCUGGUCUACCCUCCGGUCUACCCCCUGGUCUACCCCCCUGUCCAAAGCCUGUCACAGUAAAGACAGAACCUGGAACCUUGCAGACGAGCAAUGGGAAAGUGUGUGACGCCAACCCUGCUGAGAUCUGUGUUGUUUUAGGAGGAACUGAUGGAGGAGCGAGUGGAGCUGGAUCCCGUAGAGCUCAGAUCGAGGGUUCGUAUGUUUGCGGAGUAUGUGGGAAAAAGUACAAGUAUUAUAACUGCUUUCAGACACACGUCAGAGCACACAGAGAAUCAGAGAGCAUGGGUUCAGAUGGUCUACCCCCGCCACCCAACAAUAACUUCCGGUACUCCUGUGACAUCUGUGGCAAGAAGUAUAAAUACUACAGCUGCUUCCAGGAGCAUCGUGACCUGCAUGCAGUUGAUGAUCCAUAUGAACAGGUAGUGUUACCUGUGGAUGGCAUUAAAGAGGAGGAGCCUGUUGAACCCUACCAGAAAAUUGGACCGAAAACGGGAAGCUACAUCUGCGAGUUCUGUGGGAAGCAGUACAAGUACUUCAACCCGUACCAGGAGCACGUUGCUCUGCACACACCAAUGGGCUCCUUUGAUAUGAAGGCAUCACUGUUACCUGAAUGUGGAAGCAUUGAUAUGAGUAAAUUUGGCCACAGCCAAGCUGGUAAGAUAAAAAACAGUCCAUUCAGGCGGAAGCUGGAAAGUGCAAUUCAGUCUAGUCUGGUUGACACAAACAGCUCGCAGAAUUCAAGCGGAACUCCGAGCCCUCUGGUGGCCAGUACCUUCGUUACAUCCCAGAAACCAUACACUUGUGGUGCCUGUGGCAUCAAGUUCCAGUUCUACAACAACCUGCUGGAGCACAUGCAGUCCCACGCCGCGGACAACGAGAACCACACCAAAGGCGACUCUCCCAAAACCUCCUCUGCUCCCGGUCUUCAAGAGCCGCUGUGGAGAGGUUCUCAGACCCCGGCCCAUCCCUCAGUUAAACUACAAAUCCAGCCUCAAAGCAUCAGCCAGAGAAAUCACACCGUCAGCCAGAAUAACGGACUGCCUGAGAAGGAGCGACAGCAGGUAGCAGAGCGUCUCUUACGGGUAAUGUGCACAGAUCUGAGAAUGCUGAACGUUCUCAACAGCAAGGACUUCCUGAAGCUGGCGCAGACUCUUGUGGAUACGGGUGCUCGUCAUGGAGCCUACUCCACCCGUGACGCUUUCGGUAACAUGAGUGCCUUGGCACUGCGCCAGCUGCCCCGCAUGUACAACCAAGUCAAAGUCAAAGUCACGUGUGCUCUGGGCUCCAACACGUCUCUGGGCAUCGCCGUCACCUGCCACUCCCAGACCUCAGGUCCAGACGCUUGCUAUGUCCUCACAGCCUACCAGGUGGAGGGCUCCAGACUGAAGCGCUACGUGCUGGGCGUGAGGGAGGCGGAGCCGAGGGAGGGGCCCGAGCAGAUUCACCACUGGGUGCAGAACGUGCUGUCUGAGUUUGUGAUGUCAGACAUCCGCACCGUGUAUGUCUCAGAGUCCAGAGUGUGGGCGGCAGGUAUUGCCGGGUCCCCUCUUGGCGGUGGACGGGGCAGGAUAUGCUUGCGAUGCGCCGGUUGUUCUCUCGGUGCCGUUGUCCAGGCCGUUCUCGGGAAGCGCAGCCUCCAGGCUCGCGGCCUUCACGAUCUGGCUGAGCUCCUCUCAACAUGCAGAGAAAUCGCCUCCUACUCCUCGUUGUCCCUGCGCGAGGAACAGAGCAACAACUCGUCCACAAGCACAACUGAGGAAGGCGCGCAGAACAGCCUCGCACAAUGCCCCACCCCGCCAUGCUGGGAUCGUAUGGCUGAAGCUCUCCUGCAGGUCCAUGUCCACUUCGAACACAUAUGUGAAACUUAUGGACGCAGCAAGGCCACGGCUCCACUCCUCCAAGGUCUCAACAAGCAUCUGUUAGGGACGCUGGCUUGUCUGCUGGCUCCUCUGCGCCUGGCAGCUCUGGAGCUGAGCAGCCAGAGGCGACCGACCUUACAGCAGGUGCUGCCUGUCUACCUCCGCCUGGAGAAGUUUUUCACAUCAAAGGCGGGGGAAGCUGGAACCGGGACGGCUAGCAAACUCUGCCACUACUUCCUGGAAGCACUCAAGGAAAAUUUCAAGGUUGAACGGGCCCACCAGGUCGCCAUGAUCCUGGACCCACAAAUCAAGCUGCGUUCAGUGCCGGCCUAUCAGCAUGAAGACAUAAUCUCCCGUGCGUGUGAAAUGGCUGCUGAAAACAGGGAUGGAGGUAUGACAGGCGGCGGAGGGUCAGGUGGUGAUGAUCGCGACACCGACGGCCCGCCAACCCCUAAAAUCAGUCGCAUAGAGGGAGGGGGAAACAAUGGUGGCACCUUAGCGGGGAUCUCGACUGGCACGGUGUCCGGAAACGGCGAGAGUCCAAACCAAGUCAGACAAGAGAUUUUUCGAUACCUGGCCGAACCUCUUCUCCAAGGCACGCCUGACCUCUUCCAGUACUGGAGCUCAGCGGUGGGGGACAAGUUCCCCAAGCUGUCUCGGCUGGCUCUGUGGCUGCUCGCCGUGCCCGCUGUGGGCAUCAGCAGCCAGUGUGUGACUGUGUGUGAGCAGAGUCUGGCGAUGAAGAGGAGGCAGCAGGUAACCGCAGAGGAGAUGAACAAACUAAUUUUCCUUCGCUCCAACAUGGGCUAAAAGAAAAAAAUCCAACCAAUCCUAACCAACCAAACCUUCACCUCCAACCAAUGACUGAAGACUAUUAUUUAUAUACUGUAGGUUUAGACUUACUGUAAACUGAAACGUGUUUGAAAUGAAUAUACUUCUCGAGACAAAUACUUACAGGAAACCCACAAUGUACAGGUAACAAUCACCCUUAAAAACAACACAGCUUAUUCCAUAUUUUCUACGGAGAAAGGACUGUUGUUAAGUACAGUGGACAAAAAAGACGGGGUGGAACGGUUUAUCUCAAAAGGUAGUCCUGUUUGUGAUGCCUCCCUCGUUUUGGGACGCACCAAUAAGCAGGAUCAGUUUCAGUCGUAUCACGGCCAGUAGUUUGAAUUCCUCCAGCCUAAAGGCUAUAAUGCUGUUAUUCUCUCUGGAUGGCAACAUAUUCAGGUAAAGUCAGCUUUCACUGCUUGAAGCUCGUGUCAUACACCUCUGGAAACACUUCUUCAUAUUAUCAAGAGAUAUCGCAGUAAGUCUGAGAAUUGUUUUAGUAGGUGUAUGACAUCAAAUCAAGUGGUGAAUCCUCACUGCCAAUGCACCUCUGACAAUGAACUAAACCAGGUUUAUGAUUUAUCGUCAUGCACCACCAUAACAUAUUGCAACCCAUUCAGCCACAGGAAAAUAACAUCCAAUUAGAUGUUUCCUUCAGUGGCCUAAAUAUGUAGCUGUGCAUCAUUUGCAUGCGCUGCUCUGCAUGCAUUUUUCAUUUAAAGCAGCUGAUAAAACAUUCAUGAUCAUGUGAUGUUUUCCUUUUUGUUUAUGUUACAAAAUUUAUUUAAAAAAACAAAAACAAACUGAAAGGGCUCUUUUGCUGCUAGAUGUGUAUCGGCAGAAAUAUGUGUCAUUAGAAACGUGAACUCGGUUUCCACUAAUUCAUUUUUUCAAUGUAAUUAUUCAACUUUUAGAAUAUCAAUUUAGACUAUUGGAUUAAAACACAUUUUUUAACCUAAUUAUUCAAGUUGAGCAAUUAAAAUCCAGAUUUACUCAUCAGCUUAUGUGUGGGGUCGUGUCGCAGGGGGCUGCAGGCUUUGGAGGAAAACCUCCAAAGUCAGCCCCCCAAGGAUGCAUCCUAAUCAGAUGCACAGACCGCCCCAACUGGCUUCUGUGUGAAGGAGUAGCAGCUCGACUCUGAGCUCCUCACUCUUCGUUUAAGAAAGAAACUCAUGUAGGCUACUUGUAUCUGUGGUCUCAUUCUUACAGUCACUUUCCAAAGCUCAUGACCAUAGACGAGGGUUGGAACAUAAAUCGACUGAUGAAUCUAAAGCCGCUUACAGACGACUUCCCCAACAGCGCUGUGACGAAGUCCUGCCUUCAUAACGCCUCUGUUCUUACACAUUGCACCCAUUACAACAAAACAUAGGCGUCCCAGUGUGUGAAUUCAUAAUUCAUGAAGGCGUUAGAGGACACAGAGAGGAGCGCGAGGAGCACAGCGUGUGAGCACACAGCGGGAGCUUCACAAACACACACUCAGGCAUGCACACACACAAACAGCGCUGGUGGUUUCGCAUUGAUCGCUCGUCCCCCUGUUACGCCUCUCUCACCACCUCCGAUGGCAGAUCAUGGGUGGGACAACUUCACCCCCAUGAUUCUGAGACUGUGCGCUAAACGUUGUACACGAUGCACAACAGGGACGAAAGUAUUCUGCCUCUUUAAAUGGCAGGCUGUAAGCGGCAGAACGUUUAGCAUUCUGGCUAAUAUAAAACAUGCAUUUUUGAUUUCUACUGACACAUUUUUCAACUAAAAGAUAUACCAAUCAAAAGCCCAGGUUUGCACAGAAAGGACAGGAUCAUGAAGUCAAAUUUAAAAAAAGACGACGACGUUGGGUUGAGAUUUUUUUAUUUUAUUUUUUUAUGAUUUCAUUUAGCUUCACUGUAAAUCAGGUGGUUUAACAAAAAGGAAAUGAAAACAACUCAUUGGAUGAAUCAAUCACAAAUCAUCCUUCAAUGCUUCAAGUUUAUGUCCGGACUACACACUAAUGACACCUAGAGGCCAUCUUGUCUGGCUUGAUAAUAAUUCAGGAGUAUCACAGUGUCACAUACAGUCCACUAUAGGUUUCAUUAAUACUCUUCUUUAUACCCGGGAGGUGUUUUUUUUCCUGUGCGUUGCCCUCCCUUAAAGCGCACUAAUAUUAUUAGCCAUCAGUAUGGUAAGCUUGUAGGCAAGGAUUUAAUUCCUAAUGACAUAAAUCCUUCCCACUGUGUGCAUAUAUGUGUGUGUGUGUGUGUGAGAUUUUUUUUUGUUCUUUAAAGCUUAAUUAGAAAAGACUUACACAUAGGAACGCUAUUAUUAUUUAAUUUAUUAUUCUUUCCUCAUUUAUCAAUCUUAAUAUAUAAGUCGUCUUCCUCGUGUAAGCUCCAUUUUUAUGGCAAUAAGCUUUUAUCUUAGGGCAUACGUUCCAAUUUAACCGAUUACAAACGACUGUUCAUGACGUUCCUACAGGUUAUUAUUAUUAUUAUUAUUAUGAUAAAGGAUACAUUUAUUUUUUCUGUUUGUGAAAUGAACGGGAUUUUCUCAGGAAUGAGUGCACCCACGUUGGCACCACAACUCUUUUUCCUCACUGUACUGAAAAAAAAAACAAAAACAAAAAAACACACCAAACUGUGACCUCAACGCCGAGGUAUGUGCUGAACUGUGGCUUUUGCGAUGCGUUCCACCCCAAACACAUUUAGUGCCAUUUGCAACAAACAAACAAAAACGCACCACUGAGGGAUUAUUGUUUUUUUUUUUUUUUUUUUUUUUUUUCAGGAUGAAGCAAUUUCUUUCUGCCAGUACAUUCAUGAAAGUCAACACAUGCAUAUUAACGAAGUCGAGUUAUUUAUUUUUUUAAUGGAUUGUAAGUAUACAUUUAAACGAGACAAUACCUCCUCAAAUGACUUGGAUGAAUGGAAAGUUUUACUGUACUUUAGUUUGUUGCCUUUGGUACUAAUCGGUCAAGUACGAGUUGGUCAUCUCUGUUUUUGGGCCUUAAGUCUUUUUUCAUGCGAUCACCUUAAAUCCUUCAGUCGGAGUCGACGUCAUGCCUUUUUAUUCUUCUUAAUGGCCUUCUUUUCACCAUCUUUUCUAAUGCUUGUAUUUAUUUAUUUUCCUCCAUUUUUGUUCACUCCUCUUGACUCAAAGGGACUUGUGAUUGAUGAAUGGAAACAGGGACCUCUAGUGGUCAAAUGUAAAAAUGGACAUCUGUGGUAUUUUUUAAGGUGUUUUAUACUUAGAAAUCCCAUCAUUUGGAAAGAAGCAACUUACUGAACAUGUUUUCUUUUUUUUUUUUUGAGUCAUCUAUCUGUUCAUUGAACGGAUCAGGAAUUAUUUCAACAAUGACUAUACUCAAGCACAAACAAAGUGUACGACAAGAAACCACAAUGUUUGUUUUUAGAGCAUAUUGAAAUACAAAAACAUGCUGAGAACACUCUCGUCAUUAACAGAAAUAUAUCAAAUCUUAUUUUGUUUCCAAGCUUCAGGCCCAAUUUCAACUUAAGAUACAAUCAUAUAACACGUCUGCCUCAAUUUCAAAUAUACACUUCAGUCUUAGCCUGUGUGGUGACGACUUCAGUAAGUUAAAGAUCAACUUGUGUUAACUUUGUAAACCUCACAGAUUUGCAUGGUCGGCCAGUAGGAACAUGAAUGAUCUACAGGGACGGUUAAGUGUUAAGGACACAGAAAGUAGCAAGUCAGUACACUGCACAUGGGACAUUAAAGGGCAUCCGAGGGAAAGGCAUCGAGUGGAGAGGGGAGAGAAAUGAGAUUAUUUUUAGUCCAGCUGAACGCACUUUGUCCAGUCUUCUCUUAUAAAAAUGCUUACCGUACCUUCAUGAACAGCUUUUUGUAUUUAUGUUCAGAAAUGCCUUUCUCUCCUUGAUGAGUAACUUAACACCCGGAUGAGAAGAACCUCUCUGAUCCCCCCCCCCGACAAAGUUUCCGCUCUAUUCUUAGAAACAUGCCCUGUUUCACCCCGCAGUGAUGUCACAGUGUCUCAAAGGAUACCUGCACAUCACCGCAGGCAGGUGAGAAGUUAAAGUGGCAGUAAGCAACAUGACCAUUCUAAUGGAAAGAAAAACAAACCUUCCCUCUCGACCUCUCACCCUCUGCUACCUCAUACCACUACGUAAAAAGCCCCUCCCUCUAAAUGACGCACCAGACCUCACGACACACCGACCGUUGUCACUACAAACUGUCUGUUCCACUAAGAUAGUCAAGUCUGACUCAGAGGGCAGAAACACUGCCAGCAGACCAGAAAAAAGUUAAAAAGUAGCCAAGAGUGUUUGCCGUACAGCCGUUAUGCCCUCUGCACCGCCACCAGUGAAGGUUUUUUCGCCAAACCCAAAGCAACUAACACGCCUGUAGCUCCACCUACCUUCAGUGCUUGUUUUCCCGAAUUUAGGCCGCAUUUAAAAACAAACUAGACCCCCAAAAGGUUUAAUUACGGAACAGUAUUUUCUUAGUAUGGAUGAUUUGGAUGUAAGGAGGGAGAAAAGCUUUAAAAGAAGUAGCGCGGUUAGCAUCUCCGUGGUCCUAGCUUACCUGAAGAUAAUGAAUGGUGAGCGUUGUAGCAGAUCUGUUCGCUUUCAGUUGGUUCUGAGAGAGAGAAAAUCUGCCGACACACUGUAUGAAAGGCACGUCAUACAAGUUUUUACAGAGUCACUGUGAUUGGUCAGCUGCGUGUAACAUAGCCCCGAUUGGUUGAUUGAUUCAGACCGGGUAGGUUCUUUAAAAAAGUAGAGACAAAGGGCGGUUUCAGAUCAGACACGUUUAUUCUAAAGAACAUUUUAAUUAGUUCAUUGACAUGCAAUGAUGAUCAAAACGUGUUGAUAGAGCCAAAAUCUGUAUGAAAAAAUGUUGCCUACUUCAGCUUUAAACCACAGGAGGUCAGUAAACACAACAUUUUCAGAGGGUGUUAAGUUACUCUGUGAGGGGUUGAUUUAAAACGUUCAAAGUUUCUGAAUGGAAGUUUAAUGUUUGGGUUGCUUUGUUUAUCCAGGUUCAAACAGUUCACCUGUUCUUCUUCUUCUUCUUCUUCUGUAUGCUUUGAGAAAGACUUCUUAUGUCAACGUGAUCAUCUUACCUGAAAUCAAUCUGUACUCUGCUGUUUUCAAACCGACUUGUGUCACAUUUAUAUUUUGGUUAAAAAAAAAAGACAAAACAAAAUGCUGUAAAUUGUAUUUUAAAUUUGCUUGAUUUCAAAGCACCGGUCCUGAUGUUUGACCUCGGUAUACUCUGAAGGUAAUGUUGUCCUUUAAAGAUUGGAAAUCAGUUGGUGAUACAAAUUGAAGCUUUAGUCAAAAGAUCUAGUCAAAAUACUGUACAUUUGUUCAAGCCGUGAUGCUCAGUUGAACUCAUGAAGGGAUUUUUCUUACACUUUUUAAAUAAGUAUUUUAAAUAGAAUAUACUCUGGGACUAAAUGCCAUUGUUGACGCAUUGAUGUCAACCUAAUUCCACUCAGAAAUAGCUUCUCUUUUUUGGGUUGAUUUAAUGAGAAUUAUAUCUUAAGAUAUGCAUGCUUUUAUUAGAUUGCUGAUAUAUAAAGUAAACAUGGUUCAAUAACAUCUGAUGAGAAACACUGGUUUAUGACUUCUUAAAAAAAAAAACACUCCGAGACAGAGAAGCAACCCCAGGCUGGAUUCAGAACCUCUCGAGGUGGGAGUAGCGACGCUCAUCAUGGGUUGGUGUUUUAUUUUUGAAUUUUUUUUUCUUGUCUCCGGGUUGACAUCAUCCAUUUUCAGAGGAUGUGAUAUGUAAAUACAGAAGAACUGCUGUUUUUAUGCCACAAGGGGGAGCCUUCAUUUUAAAGAUACAGUAGGGAACACCAAUAACAUUAUACCUCUAUUUUCUACAGUAGCAUUUCAAAAUAAAAGGUUUUUUGAUAUACUAGAAAACUCAACUUAGAUACUGUUAUUAUCCAGCUGUAAGUUUUCUUUUGUUUCAGGAUUUUAACUUAUUCAGAUGAUAAUUGUAAAAACAAUAUGGUAUAAGAAUGCUAACAUGGAGAUGCUUUCUGUUUGAACUCUGGAUUAUAGUCUGUAUUAUCAAUUCAGGUUAAGAAACUAGUGUUGCUUUCAUCCUACUUUACAGGCAUUACUUCCUUUUUAUACUCUGCUAAAAUGCAAAAAAAUGGUGUUGGAUCUUUAUUCUCUGUUGUUUAUUUUCUUUUGGUCUUUUUUAUCGCACUUUGGCAGCAGAUUCCUGUGUAGCUUCAGAUCUCAGUUGUCUUAUUAGUAAGCCUAAUUUAUACUUUUGUAGCAACACUAUUUUUAUAUAACGGCGAAGAAAGGGUUCAGUGUCUUCUUCUUUAUUUGGUUUGUUUGAUUCCUGUGUCAUAUGUGGCAGCGCUGUUCAAUGUUUCUUGAAUACAUUACCCACUGUAGUAUGUGAUGUGUGAAUAAACUCCCAAUCUGUGUCAAAAAGCAGCACAGUACUUCA